AAAGCGCAUGCGCAAAUGCUAUCUUUGUAAUGGUCAAUGACGAGGGAAGUUUACCGUAUAUUUAUUCAGAAUGGAGACAACCUGUCUAUCAAGCUACAUCGCCCUUUCAUACUCAUGAGGCAGAGUGGUGGCAUAAAAGGGCAGGAAGCAACAUCUGCUAUUCUCAAUCCGUUUGCCGCACGGGAUAUCUUGCUUCGUUUCCAAAGAGCUGAUGUUCACUAUAAUCAGGUGAAGUCUCAGGGCAAGAAGUAGAGAUGUCAUUCCCGAAUUGAGGAAUUGCCGAUCACAACAAGAGAUACUUUUUGAGUUGGACUGGAGAUGGAGCAGAAGUUGCAGAGUUAAAUCCCAAGGAUGUUGGAAUGCAAUCAGACUCAGCAAUUUUCAACAUGAAAUUUAAGGGAGGGAAGAAUUUGUAAUCCAACUGAAUGUCACACCAGGAUUUGAUGGAAACGGUCACUUCAUCAGGGUGUUAGCAUCAUUCACAUUUCAAAAUGGAUGUGAAAACCACCACUCACAGCAGAGAGAAGCCAUGGGAAUGUGGAGAUUGUGGGAAGGGAUUCAAUUACCCAUCUCAACUGGAAACUCACUGGCGCAGUCACACUGGGGAGCGGCCAUUUAGCUGCUCUGUAUGUUGCAAGGGAUUUACUCAGUUAUCCCAUGUAAUGACCCAUCAGCAUGUUCACACAGAGGAGAGAAAAUUUAAAUGCUCUGAUUGUGAAAAGAGCUUUAAAAAUCAAUAUGCACUGACUGAGCACCAGCGAGUUCACAACAGGCGUGUGCCAUUCAGCUGCUCCCAGUGUGGGAAGAGCUUCAGGACAUCAUCCCAAUUACUGAGACACCAGCGAGUUCACACUGAUGAGAGACCUUUUAAAUGUGCAGAAUGUGGGAAGUGCUGUAAAAGUUCAAAGGAUCUGAUGUCCCAUCACCGGGUUCACACUGAGGACAAACCAUUCAGAUGCUCUCAAUGUGGGAAUGGGUUCAGGCGAUCGUCUGACCUCACUGUACACCAGCGAGUUCACACUGGGGAGAGACCGUUCACCUGUUCCCAGUGUGGGAAAGGAUUCACUCAGUCAUCCCACCUGUUGACGCACCAGCGAGUUCACUCUUCAGAGAGGCCGUUCACCUGUUCUGAGUGUGGGAGGGGAUUCAUUCAAUUAUCCACUUUGCAGAAUCACCGGAGAAUCCAUUCUGAAAAGAGGCCGUUCACCUGCCCUGCUUGUGGAAAGGGGUUCACUCGGUCUUCCAUCUUGUUAAGGCACCAGCGGGUUCACACUGAUGAGAGACCUUUCAAAUGCACAAACUGUAAAAAGUCUUUCAAAAGUUCUGGGGAGCUUAUGUACCAUCAGCGUGUUCACACUGAUGAAAAACCGUUCAGAUGCUCUCACUGUGGGUCUGGGUUCAGGCGAUCGUGGCAACUCACUGAACACAGAUUGAUUCAUACAGGGAAGAAGCCGUUCUUCUGCACUGUGUGUGGGAAGAGAUUCACUCAUUCAUCCAACCUGCUGAGACACCAGCGAGCUCACAAGUAACAGCAGGUCUAGGUUUCUGCUGUAGCUGCUGCUGAUAAUCACAACCAGGACUGAACGAUUUUCAUUCAGAAACAGGGGAGUUGGUGGGUGGUUGAUCCUGAUUUCAGUUACCCCAGUUAGAUAAUGGUAACCCACAACAUCUCUCACUCGUUUGUGAGUGGACCAUCAUAUCUGAAAAUCUCACUUUUUAAAUUGGCAUUUAUUCGGGAUCAACAUUGCAUUGAGAUGAACAAGAAAUAAUUUAUAGGUCUUAUGUAUUGACAAGAAAAGCUGUUGAUUGAGGAUGUGUAAGCUUGGAAUGUUGUGAAUCUCCCCCUGAUCUGUUUGUUAAGACAUGAUCUUUAAACCUAUCAGAUAUUGAAGAAAUUCCUCUUCAAGUAACCUCCAACAGUUGAUCACCUCAGGCACCUCCCUGUUCUGAUAGGCACUCACCCAUUGGUGCUGGUUUGCACUGACUGACCUGUGGCAUCUUUGUUCCUUUUGUGAAGUCAGCGUGCCCAUUAGAGCUGACCUGCUAGAUAACUCUAAUGACAGCUUACAUAUUUCUAUAGAGAACCUGUCUGUCCACAUGUAAGUGUAAGUUGAAAGCAAUGUCUGUGGCAUGCUAGUGUGUAGUUCUGGUCAGCACAUAGGAAAGAUUAUACACAACACAAUAGGAACGGCUUUGGAGAUGGUGCAAAAGAGGAUGUUGCAUGGACUGAAUUAGCUAUAAGGAGUGUUUGGACAAGUUGGAUUGUUUGCACUCCUGUUUUGGAAGCGGAAGGGUGACCUGAUAGAAACAUAUAAAAUGUAUGAGAGACAGGGAUAGGGUAGAUAAUGAGUCUUUUUUUCCAGGCAGUAAAUACCAAGGGGCCUGGGAAAGGUUUUUUGUUUACACACAGUGGUAGGUGCCUGGAAUAUGUUUCCCGGGGAGGUGAUAGAAACAGAAACAAUAGCAGUGUUUAAGAAACAUUUUAGUCAGCACAACAGGCUGGGAUAUGGAGCGUGUGCUGGCAGAUAGGAUUAGUUUUGAAAAAUAUCAUGCUUGCCAUUGUGGACCAAUGGGCCUGUUCCUGAGCUGUACUGCUGUGUUCAAUAUAGUCUCAUAUCUUGGGAAUUCAGUCUUCCCUGAACAAAAUCACCGUGUGCAGCAACUUGAGGCUUAAUGAACAGCAGAAGUAGGAGCAGGAGUUUUCCAUUCAGACUUUGUGUUCCAGCUCAGUUCUAUUUUCCUGUUCUACCCCAUUUCCCUUUAGUCUGUACAUAGAAAAAGUGUACAGUGGAGUAGUGGACAGUGUGGAAGAAUGUUGCAGGGGACUUGGAUGAACUGGGCUGAAAGAUAACGAAUGGAGUUCAAUGCAGCUAAAUGUGAGGUGAUUCACUUUGGGAAGAAUAACAGGAAGUCCAAAGAUGUCCAGGUAAGGUGAAUUGACCAUGCUAAAUUGCCCAUAGUAUUCAGGGAUGUGUAGGUUAUUGGUAGGGGAAAAUAGGGUAAGGGAAUGAGUUAGGUGGGUUACUCUUCGAAGGGUAAGUGUGGACUUGUUGGGCCAAAGGGCCUGUUUCCACACUGUAGAGAUUCUAUGCUUCUAUAUAAAAUUCUAUAUAAGUGCGAGUGGUAAAGCACCAAGAUAAACACAUGCCUGAAUAACAGUGUUCCAAUGAACUCAGUGAAACCAUUUUUUUUGAGUUAACAAUCUGAAAGCACUUCUCUCCACAGUGGAGAGAAACUACACAUGUAUAGUGUGUAUGGGCAAGGAUCCAGCAGAUCAACCAACCUGGAGAGAUGCAAGGAGAUUUGCAUCAUGGAAAAUCUAUAGAAAUGUGGGGAUUGUGGGAUGGGAUACAAAUACCUAGACCAGCUGUAACAAGUCCUUUAUUUAAAACCAGGUGGAAACAGGAAUGCUGUCUUCUUAAAAACUGUAAGAAUGGCAGAUGCUGUAAAACAAAUGAAAAAAAAUGCUGGAAAAGCUCAGCAGGUCUGGCAACAUCUGUGGAGAGACGUCAGAGUUAACGCUUUGGGUAAAGUGUGCCUUCCUCAGAACCUUCUGUGACGUUUCGUUCAAUUUUUGUUUGUCAUAGGGGAGAGCAGAUGCCUUCUCCCAAAAAAAACUGCUUGUGCAGUGGCACGAGGUGUCCAGCAGAGGGUGGCAUUUAAUCACUUUAAAUACAAGAGGGAGCACGAGGCUUUGAGCGUUGAAUUCACAUUGUUAGUUCAUUCAAACUUCCCUCCAGGAUAAACGUGUCCCAUUGCAGACAAAGAUGGACACCAUAGAGAUAUUGGACAGAUUCAUUGAGUAAUAUAGCAUGGGGACAGACCCUUUGGCCCAAACUGCUCCAUACUGACCAUGGUAUCACACAGCUAUUUUCAAUUGCCUGCAUUUGGUCCAUAUCCCUUUAAACUAUCCAUGUAUUUCCUUAACAUGUUUUUAAAAAUGUUGUUAUCGUACCUGCCUCAACCAGUUUUUCUGGCAGCCCAUAUACGCACCACUCUCUGCGUGAAGAAGUUGCCCCGACUUUAUGCAUUCAUCUUAUCAAUGCUCCUUAUGAUUUUAUAUACCUCCGUAAGGUCAACCCUCAUUCUCCUUCGUCGCAAGGAAUAAAGUCCUAUCUUGGCCAACCUCUUCUUGUAACUUUGACCAACUAUGCACUCUUUCCUGUUUAGCUAUGUCUUUCUUGUAAUAGGGUGACCAAAACUGCAGAAUGCUCCAAGUGCGGCCUCAUCAACGACCUCACCGGACAUCAUUUGCAGACAGACGCACAACUCAUUUGUAGAAUUUUUAAAACUGAUUAUAAGUCGACUUGCACUUUUUGUGAAAAUCCCAAAUUCACUUGUGGGAUAAAUUUGUCUGUUAAGCCUGUGUGUUCCUUUGUGUAAAUAAUUGUCGUUCUGUAUUCUGGAUUCUGAAGGAUUGGAACUCAGUUUUGUUUCUGUGUACGUUUCAAAUCUGGGUUCCGUGUGUGAGGUCAGAAGACAGCGGGAGGCAAACAUAGUCUAGGGUAGACCUGCUGCUUGUGCUCACACCUCCUACCCCGAAUCCCAAAGAUGACUUUGGAUGUGCUCCAGGUAGAGGGGCUGGGAGUUAUCUGGAUGAGCUCGAAUUUCAGUUAAGAGGGACCAUUGAAUGACAGGCAGAAUCUGAUAGCCACAGUCUCUUUUGCCAUAUGGACUGAGCAUGAGGUGAGUAUCAGUGUGUUUCUGCCUGACCCUUUUAUUGAAUCAAAUGUAUGUAAAUAGUAUCUUGUAUAAAUUUUAAAAAAACACUUUUGCCCUUAACGUUUGUUUAGAACUACUUUAUUCAUAAAAAACUCUUAUGUACAUACAC